GUACCUCUGUUCUCCCACGAAGAUCGUCCAUGGUUUCGGGGGUAUUAAAAAAGCAGAUAUUAUCCCUACACAAGUCGAGGGAUGGGACCAGCGACGUCGAAAAGUCGAUCCCUUCCGUUUGUCGCACAUACCUCGAUAUGGCUCAGUACUUUGUUCGGUCUGACAGCUCGAAUGACGACGCCUUCAAAUGGGCACUUCGUCCGUAAGAUCUACACUGCAUUAAAUCCCCCAAAUGCCAUAUGGACACAAAAUAAACACUCGCUGGUGAACACUUCUAUAAGAAAUAUCCGUAUCUAGUCCAGCCCUGAAUCACCAUUAGGUACUUUUCGUUGCAUUACCCAUGAAAAUGUCUUACUGCUGAAACUGACUUCUUAUUGCAAAUAGUUUUGCAAAUUAUUGACAGAGCUAGAAGAAAAGUGUACCACAGCUUUCAUUUAAAGAUAUAUAUAUGUAUAUAUAAAACUCCCAAUGGUAGAAUCCUUUGAGUCGCAACAAGCUAGUUCUAAAGCCUACUAAGGCCUCGUAGAGUCCCAUAGGUGUACAACAAUGGCUAUAUAUAGUCGUAAAUACUCGGAAGUCAUCACGGU